CGACUACCAGCCACUCCGGCCCCACCCGCAACGACAUCAUCUGGCCCCAAGCGUGACGCCGAGAUAUUCCCAACCUCCCAAGUUCGUAUUAACAGGCCAAUUGCCUGCGUUCAACACGUACGCGAUGCUCGAAAUUGGGGCCUGAUGUGUAUUCCCAGGAACCGGGAAACCCUGCCUUGGAAAUCGCGGCCCCGUUAUUGUGCUACCCGUCCCAUAUAUCGUGGCUUCCCACUGUCCCAUUGUUCGGCUCCUUGCAUCUUGCAUCCUGCAUCUUACAUCUCUUCCCGAAGUUCGAGUCAACCCUUUGUGUAACAUUGUCGAGUCCCCCGAGUCGUUCUCGAACCAACAUUGUCUCGGACACGUGCUUCACAAUUGCAAUUGUUGCAUACCUCGACAUCCCUUCUCUUUGAACCCGCCCCUCCCUGCGUCUGGUCACAUACCCGACUCUCUCCAUUCCAUACCCACAUAUCCUUCAUCAUGAGAUGGUCAUACACCUCAGCCCUCGCAGCCUCGGCAGCUCUGCUUGCCGACACCGUCUCAGCACAGACAUGGAGCACCUGCAACCCCUUGGAGAGCACUUCAUGCGAGCCUGACACAGCCCUCGGCAUGUCUGUCCACGUUGAUUUCACCCAAGGCGAGGUCAACUCAUUCGCCGCCUCCGGCUCCCCCACAUACGACGACAACGGCGUCUCCUUCACCGUCUCCCGGAGCGGCGAUGCCCCGCAACUCGCCUCCCUCUUCUACAUCAUGUUCGGCCGCGUUGAGAUCACCAUGAAGGCCGCUCCCGGUGCCGGCAUCGUCUCCUCUCUCGUCCUCCAGUCCGACGACCUUGACGAAAUCGACAUCGAGUGGCUGGGUGCUAGCCCCGACGAAAUACAGUCCAACUACUUUGGCAAAGGCCAGACUACGACGUACAACCGAGGCCAGUUCCAUGAUGUCACUGGCACGCAGUCGGAAUGGAUCACCUACACCGUCGAUUGGACCCAGGACCGGAUCAUCUGGAUGGCUGGUGGCACCGCCGUCAGGACUCUGAACUAUGCUGAUGCCGAGAACCAGUACCCGCAAACGCCUAUGCAGGUCAAGUUUGGUGCCUGGUCCGGAGGUGACUCCAGCAACGCUGCGGGAACCAUCAAGUGGGCAGAAGGUCCCACCGACUAUACCCACGGUCCCUUCACGAUGCAGGUUCAGAGCAUUCAGGUCACCGACUACUCGACGGGCAGCGAGUACAAGUACACCGACACCUCUGGUUCGUGGGAGUCCAUCGAAGCCGUCGGCGGCGCGGUCAACGGCAACGCGAACGGCGACUCUAUCACCGUGACCGCCACCGCUUCCGGAACCACUGCCACCGCCGAUGUCCCCGUCGGUAUUGCCGCGGACGACAGCACAGCAACGGUUACCCAGACCGGUUGGCCCUGGGUCGCGUCUGCUCGGCCUUCUACUGGCGCUAUUCCCAGCGGCUGGACCAUGAACUCUGAGGGCAAGAUUGUACCCAUCUCCGCCGGCGCUGCCCUCCGUGCCUCUUCUCCCCUGCUCCUACUUGCUCCUAUGCUGGCCGGCGUUAUGACUUUUGCCGUCAGACUCUUUUAAGGAAGAGGCUAGUCUGGCGAGCUAAGCAAGAGGGGGAACGACACAACAUUUAUGGAUUUGCAUGAGCAUGCAUGAUAUUAAGGAUUUUAAUGACCUUUGGGUUUGCUUUUAUAGAUACGUAUAGAACACUGCAUGGAUGGCGUAUGAUGAACAUCAUCGGGUAUAGAUAGACAUCAUGGAUUUAACAGCACGGCGUUACGGAUGGGAUGAAAAAUAGGCCAGCAAGGCUAACUAGAUUUGAUGUAUGAUUAUAUAUUUGCACAUAGUAACAAUGAAAGAUUGGAUGAAAGAAAA